CCGGCCCCGCGCGGCACCGGCAGAGAGCGGCGGGGCUCGAGGCGGUGCGGAGCCGUGCGGAACCGUGCGGAACCGUGCGGGGCCGCUGCGAUCGGCUCGGCUCGGCUCGGCUCGGCUCCCUUCGGCUUGGUUCCGUUCGGUUCGCAUCAGCUCGGCUCGCCGUGACUCGGAGCGGCUCGGGGUGGAUCAAAGCGGAUCGGGUCGGACUAGAGCUCGACACAGCCAGGAGGAUUUGGGCUCAGCCCGGCAGAUUUGGCCACAGCUCGGCAGAUUUGGGCACAGCGCGGUUGGCGGCGGGGAUGGCGGUGCCCGAGCCGGACGCGCGGCUGGCGCAGGAGAAGGAGGAGGAGAGCGAGGAGGAGAGCGAGGUGCUGGAGGAGAGCCCCUGCGGCCGCUGGCAGAAGCGCCGCGAGCAGGUGAACCAGGGGAACAUGCCCGGUAUCCAGAGCACCUUCCUGGCCAUGGACACGGAGGAGGGUGUGGAGGUGGUGUGGAACGAGCUGCUCUUCACGGACAAGAAGGCCUUCAAGGCACACGAGGAGAAGAUCAAGACCAUGUUCGAGCAGCUGGUGCUGGUGGAUCACCCCAACAUCGUGAAGCUCCACAAGUACUGGCUGGACGUGAAGGACUCCAAGGCACGGGUCAUCUUCAUCACGGAGUACGUGUCCUCGGGGAGCCUCAAGCAGUUCCUGAAGAAAACCAAGAAGAACCACAAGGCCAUGAACGCCCGGGCCUGGAAGCGCUGGUGCACCCAGAUCCUCUCGGCUCUCAGCUUCCUGCACUCCUGCGAGCCCCCCAUCAUCCACGGCAACCUCACCAGCGACACCAUCUUCAUCCAGCACAACGGGCUCAUCAAGAUCGGCUCCGUUUGGCACCGGGUGUUUGCCAACGCGCUCCCGGACGAUCUCCGCAGCCCCAUCAGGAUCGAGCGGGAGGAGCUGCGGAACCUGCACUUCUUCCCCCCGGAAUACGGCCAGAAGGCAGACGGGACGGCCGUGGACAUCUUCUCCUUCGGGAUGUGCGCGCUGGAGAUGGCCGUGCUGGAGAUCCAGACCAACGGGGACACGCGGGUCUCGGAGGAGGCGAUCGCGCGGGCCCGGCACUCCCUGGAUGACCCCAACAUGCGGGAGUUCAUCCUGUCCUGCCUGACCCUGAACCCCGACAAGCGCCCCACCGCCAACAGCCUCCUGUUCCACCGCGUGCUCUUCGAGGUGCACUCGCUGAAGCUGCUGGCAGCCCACUGCUUCAUCAACCACCAGUAUCUGAUGCCGGAGAACGUGGUGGAAGAGAAGAUCAAGGAGCUGGACCUGAACAUGGUGAUGGCCGAGAUCCGCAGGGAGGGCCGGCCCGGGGCACAGUGGAGGUACUCGGAGGUUUCCUUCCUGGAGCUCGACAAGUUCCUGGAGGACGUCAGGAACGGGAUUUACCCCCUGAUGAACUUCGCUGUCUCCAGACCCCACGCCCUCCCCCGCGCCCUGUCCCAGCCCCAGGAGGACCCCCAGAAAGCCAAGACCCCCACGCCAGAGCCCUUCGACGUGGAGACCAGGAAGGUGGUGCAGAUGCAGUGCAACAUGGAGCUGAACGAGGACAAGAGCCAGUGGCACCUCACGCUCCUGCUCAUCCUGGAGGACAAACUGCACCGACAGCUCAGCUAUGACCUGCUGCCCACUGAUAACUCCAAGGAUUUGGCCACGGAGCUGGUGCAUUAUGGAUUCAUCCACGAGGACGACUGCGAGAAGCUGGCCACGUUCCUGGAGAGCGCCUUCCACAAGCACCGCUCGCAAGCCCUGUGAGCUCCCAGGGGAUCGGGGAGCCGGCCCGGAGGGUCCCGGGGGGCUCCUGACCCACCCAACUGCAGCAGGACUCACCUGGGGGGCUCCUGACCCACCCAACUGCAGCAGGACUGACCUGGAGGGCUCCUGACCCACCCAAGUGCAGCAGGACUGACCUGGAGGGCUCCUGACCCACCCAACUGCAGCAGGACUGGCCUGGCCGACCCCAGGGACUCCUGACCCACCCAACUCGCCCGGGCCCGUGGGCAUUCCCCAAUCCGUGCCCUGGGACAGCAGCGGCUGGCGGAGGACUCGGCCAACACCAGGAAUUCCAUCCUGGGACAUUGGGAUCCGUGCUCUGCUCCCAAGGGGAGGUGUGGGGAGUGGGCAGCGCCCCCAGCAGCCCCUUCCCGCUGGGGUCUGGGCAGCUGCUGCAGGAAGCCCCAGCCGGAUCCGUUUCCCUCUGGGAACGAUCGGCUUUUCUCGCUAUUUUUUCCCUCUCUGCCAUCUGGAAUGGUCCUUGCUGAGGGGAGGGGAGGAGCAGGCUUGGAAAGGCCGGGUGCAGCUUCCCAUCUGCCACAUUCCGCUCUCCAUCCCGAAUUCCUCCGGGCUGAAGGUCCCCACUGUGCUCAGAACCCUCACGACGAGCUGGGACUGUGUGAGCUGGACACGACACGGCUCGAGGGGAGACUCCACAAAUCCUGAGCUACCACCUGCAUCCACACACGUGGAUCAGCAGCAGCCUCACCAACGCUCCACAGAAUCCUUGUCAUUCCCCAGCUCCUCCCACAGCCUUCCAAAAUCUCUCGGCACCUUCCGGAGAAAACCCCGGUGCCUCUUCCUCCCCUUCCUCCCACGGUGACUGGAGAUGGGGAAUUGCCUCAGUGCUGCCCUUUGCCAGGGACACUUCGUUGGCGUGGAGAAAAGUGCAAGAAAGGAAUUGUCUCUGUCCAAGAGCCGUGCGGGGCUGCUCCUGCUGUGCCAGGGAAAACUGGCACUGAUAUCCUGCUCUGUGCUGUGCCAGUGCUGCUCCUGCUCCUUCCUGCUGUGCCAGGGAAAACUAAACUGGCACUGAUACCCUGCUCUGUGCUGUGCCAGUGCUGCUCCUGCUGCUCCCACUGUGCCAGGGAAAACUAAACUGGCACUGAUAUCCUGCUCUGUGCUGUGCUGGUGCUGCUCCUGCUCCUUCCUGCUGUGCCAGGGAAAACUAAACUGGCACUGAUAUCCUGCUCUGUGCUGUGCUGGUGCUGCUGCUCCCACUGUGCCAGGAAAAACUAAACUGGCACUCAUAUCCUGCUCUGUGCCGUGCCAGUGCUGCUCCUUCCUGCUGUGCAAGGGAAAACGAAACUGCCUCUGGCAUCCUGCUCUGUGCUGCGCCAGUGCUGCUCCUGCUGCUCCCA